GGGCUGGGAGAGCCAUUUUUGUGGAUGGCACGGUGGGAGGACAGCUUUCAUUGGGGAAAGUGCCGGGCCUUUUUCUUCUACUGGAAGCUAGCUGUGGCCCAUUCUGGGUUACUUUCAGCACUGUUUAGAACAACCGUGUUUCUUUGGCAUACAGACUGGGUUCUGACAGUUAAUGAAGGCUACGGAUUGUGGAGCUUCCAGUGCUGAGGAAUGGCAGGGAAUCCGGAGGCAGAGGCCGGCUGACUCAGAAACGCGGCACGGUAGGAGGAUAAGGGAAUGAAGAAGAUGAGCAACAUCUAUGAAUCAGCCGCCAAUACGCUGGGAAUCUUUAACAGUCCCUGCCUGACAAAAGUUGAGCUGCGUGUGGCAUGCAAAGGCAUUUCUGACAGAGAUGCCCUUUCCAAACCCGACCCCUGUGUCAUCCUUAAAAUGCAGUCCCACGGGCAGUGGUUUGAGGUCGACAGGACAGAGGUGAUUCGUACCUGCAUAAAUCCCAUCUUCUCCAAGUUGUUCACAGUGGACUUCUACUUUGAAGAGGUGCAGCGUUUGCGGUUUGAAGUCCACGACAUCAGUAGCAAUCACAAUGGGCUGAAGGAAGCGGACUUUCUUGGUGGCAUGGAGUGCACUCUCGGCCAGAUCGUUUCUCAGAGAAAGCUGUCCAAGUCCUUACUGAAGCACGGAAAUACAGCGGGGAAAUCCUCCAUAACGGUGAUUGCUGAAGAAUUAUCCGGCAAUGAUGACUACGUUGAACUUUCCUUCAACGCCAGGAAAUUAGAUGACAAGGAUUUCUUCAGUAAAUCUGAUCCAUUUCUGGAAAUCUUCCGCAUGAACGAUGAUGCAACUCAACAGCUUGUUCACCGAACUGAGGUUGUGAUGAAUAACCUGAGCCCAGCCUGGAAAGCAUUCAAAGUAUCUGUAAAUUCUCUGUGCAGUGGAGACCAGGACCGUCGAUUAAAGUGCAUAGUUUGGGAUUGGGACUCCAAUGGCAAACAUGACUUCAUUGGAGAAUUUACCUCGACUUUUAAAGAAAUGAGAGGAGCGAUGGAAGGGAGACAGGUACAGUGGGAGUGCAUAAACCCCAAAUACAAAGCAAAGAAGAAGAAUUACAAGAACUCGGGCAUGGUCAUUCUGAACCUGUGCAAGAUCCACAAGAUGCAUUCCUUCUUGGAUUACAUCAUGGGUGGAUGCCAAAUACAGUUUACAGUAGCUAUAGACUUCACCGCCUCAAACGGCGAUCCCCGGAACAGCUGCUCCCUGCAUUACAUCCACCCGUAUCAGCCCAACGAGUACCUGAAGGCCUUGGUAGCCGUCGGGGAAAUAUGCCAAGACUAUGACAGUGAUAAAAUGUUCCCGGCCUUUGGUUUUGGAGCGAGGAUACCUCCCGAGUAUACGGUCUCUCAUGACUUUGCAAUCAACUUCAAUGAAGAUAAUCCCGAAUGCGCAGGAAUACAGGGAGUUGUUGAAGCUUAUCAGAACUGCCUUCCUAAACUCCAGCUCUAUGGGCCAACUAACAUUGCCCCCAUCAUCCAGAAGGUAGCCAAGUCGGCAUCAGAGGAGACCAACACCAAGGAAGCCUCGCAAUAUUUCAUCCUGCUGAUCUUGACGGACGGCGUGAUCACAGACAUGGCCGACACCCGGGAGGCCAUCGUCCACGCCUCCCACCUCCCCAUGUCGGUCAUCAUCGUCGGCGUCGGGAACGCUGACUUCAGCGACAUGCAGAUGCUGGAUGGGGACGACGGGAUCCUGAGGUCUCCCAAGGGCGAGCCCGUUCUCCGAGACAUCGUCCAGUUUGUGCCGUUCAGGAACUUCAAGCAUGCAUCUCCGGCUGCACUAGCGAAGAGCGUUUUGGCCGAAGUUCCAAACCAAGUCGUGGACUAUUACAACGGUAAAGGGAUUAAACCCAAAUGUAUGUCUGAAAUGUAUGAGUCUUCCAGGACACUAGCACCGUGACCUUCUCCGCACACUUUUAUGGCGUACAGAAAUAUUACCCGCUAAUACUACUUAAUAGUCCUCCUAUUCCAGUACUUUAAAAACAUUUUAAAACCAUAGCACGUUUCGGUGAUUUUUAACUGACAGUUUUUUUGCAUGUGUAGCCCCCGGGCUAGGAUCUAUUAAACCGUUGUAUUGUUGAAGACUUUUUAUGAAGAGAAAAAGAAUUAACACUUUACAGCAUGUCGCCUUGAAAUAAAAUGGUCUCUGUAUCUGUUUUUUAUACAGGUUUGUUGAAAUUUUGCUAAAUUUCUUAUCUUUACACUGUAAAGCAUUUUGAAACAUUUAUUGAGCGUCGAUAGGCAAAACGUAUUUGGUUUUACCUGCUACCGGGUACGAGAUUUUUUCAGAACGGCGGAUGCAUGGCCUGUGUUUUGCAUGUUUAAAAUAAAACCACCCAGUUUUGUUGUCGUGGUCAUCAUUUCUCCCCAGCCAGGGAGGAAGCAUCCUCUAAACAGACCCCGUUUGGAGAACGUAAUCCCCAAGAGGCUAUUUUCUUGAUUUCGGCCUCGGCGUGCUGGAAGAACUCAGCCCCUGGCUUCCGGGGCGGAGUAGGUUUUUUAGCCGGGAACCCGAACGUGGCCCAACUGAGAUACGAGAAGGUCCAGAAGGGCCGAACCUAAUUAACAAGAGUGAGGAAAGGUAGCAGAACCACCUCCCGCCCCGCCAUCCCUGGCUGUCUUGAAUACGGUUCUCUAUCGUAGCGAGGAUGGCUUCCGCCUAAUCUCAGGCCCGAGAAUCGAGACGGGAGAGUCCCCCUUUGCCCCUGCAUGCUCCGUGUCUUAUGAAAGAGGAGUCCGGGGCAUGGGCCAUUCAGUAGAACGCACUGGGCUGUAGUAGAUCAUAAAUUGGCCUCCUGCUGGUACAGAAAUUAUUUCGGUGGGAUUUGGGGUUCGGUUUUGUGCUUGCAUUCAUAUACUGAUUCUAUCUGGAACACUGCCUGAAGCAUAUUUUUCAACCUGUCUCGUCUUGGACCAAAAGUUUGAGCCUUUCAACUUGUAUACGCUUCUUGGGCCCCGCUUAAGGGAACCGGGAAAUAAACCAUAAGUCAGUUCAGACCUCUGCAUUGUUUAUAGUUCUGUUGUUUUUUAACGAGCAAAUCAGAUGACUCAUCUGUGUCAGAACCGUAGCUCCUGACUUUGCAAAUACGUUAACCGAAAGCACAGUAUUUGGGAAAUGAUGGUGAAACCUUAGACCCAAAUUAUGACAUGAAUAUUUAAACUGUAUUGUUUUAUGAAUAAAUUGGGUACUUAAACAAU